UGAUAAUCUCGGAGAACGGCGCGGACAAGGAUAUGCAGCGUGCGACCACAGAACAUGCAGAGGUAUAUAACUUCCUGAGUAGCGCUUCAAAGAAGUACGGGAUCGGCUUCUGGAAGCCUGGAUCUGGAAUCAUCCAUACUGUCAUCUUCGAGAACUAUGCGAUGUAUGUCUACCACAUGAGCCCCGCGAUUACCAUGGCUGAAGUUUUUGGAAUAUAGGCCAGGAGGUUUGAUUAUUGGAACGGAUUCUCAUACCCCCAAUGCAGGCGGAAUGGGCAUGCUUGGAAUCGGCGUUGGCGGAGCUGAUGCUGUCGACGCUAUGUCGGGAAUGGCUUGGGAGCUGGUCGCACCCAAAGUAAUUGGAGUCGAACUUACGGGUGAGCUCCGAGGCUGGGCAUCAACAAAAGACAUUAUCUGCAAGUUGGCAGGAAUACUUGGCGUGUCUGGCGGAAAAGGCCGCAUCAUUGAAUUCUUCGGCCCGGGUACCGAGACUCUGGGCGCGACAGCUAUGGCCACCAUUUGCAACAUGUCUGCGGAAAUUGGCUCGACUUCUUGUAUUUUCCCUUAUUCGGAUGCGAUCGCUCGCUAUUUGAGUGCCACUGCCCGCGGACAUGUUGUAGAAGCGGCAAACCCAGUCAAAGACCUUCUGCUCACCGCCGAUAAGGGCUCCGAGGAGUACUAUGACGAAAUCAUCAAGAUCGAUCUGAACACUUUGGAGCCGCAUGUUAACGGCCCAUUCACACCGGAUCUCGCCCACCCCAUUUCAAAGCUGGCUACUGCGGUCGCUGAGAGUGAUUGGCCAAUGAAUCUAAGCCACGCCAUGGUGGGUAGCUGUACCAACAGUUCCUUCGAGGAUUUGGACAAGGCCCGGCAGCUGGUCAAUCAAGCCCGGGCGGCCGGGAUAACUAAGUUCAAAACUCCUUUCUUGGUCUCGCCGGGCAGCGAAAGAAUCCGGGCCACCGCUGAAGAGGCUGGUAUUCUGAAGGAUCUCGAAGACGCCGGUGCUAUGGUUCUCAGCAGCUCGUGCGGACCAUGUGUCGGGUCAUGGGACCGCAAGGACGUGGAUGUCCGCGGAAAAGAGAAGAACUCUGUGAUCUCCAGCUACAACCGUAACUUUGUGGGGCGCCAUGACAGCAACCCGGCUACUCACUCAUUUGUCACGUCGCCGGAGCUGGUCACGGCCUUUGCUUAUGCUGGCCGCCUGGACUUUAACCCUGUCACCGACAGUAUCUCAGUGGAAGGAUUCCAGCCACUGCGGCUUACACCUCCCAUAGGCCAGGAAUUGCCAGAAUCAUUCAAUCCUGGUGCAGAUCGCUUCCAAGAGCCCCCGUCAGAUGGCUCCUCUUACUCCAUUAUCAUCGAUGUGAAGUCCGACAGACUACAGCUCUUGGAGCCCUUCCCAGCUUGGAAGAGCGGAAGUGCUAGUGACAUGGAGUUGCUGAUGAAGGUCAAGGGCAAAUGUACGACGGAUCAUAUUUCACCGGCUGGUCCGUGGUACAAGUAUCGUGGCCAUCUGGAGAACAUUAGCCACAACAUGCUCACAACCGCAACCAAUGCAUUCUUAGACAACGACCCGCAGAUGCUAGGCCACACGAGACAUCCGCUGACGAACGAGGUCCAGCUUACUCAUGAAGUGGCUCGGGACUUGAAGCACCGCUCUAUUCGUUGGUGCGUGGUCGGAGAUAACAACUAUGGUGAGGGCAGUUCGCGUGAGCAUGCCGCACUGGAGCCUCGCUUCCUCGGUGGCGUUGCCAUCAUCGCCCGGUCUUUCGCUCGUAUUCACGAGACGAACUUGAAGAAACAGGGAAUGCUCCCACUUACAUUCGCUGAUCCUGCUGACUACGACCGAGUGCAGGAGGGAGAUCGCAUCACUCUGAUUGGUGUAGAAGAUGGAGAGCUGCAACCGGGCAAGAAUGUUACCAUGCGGGUUACUCCGCGACGUGGAGACAGCUGGGAGGCUGAGUUGUGCCACAGCUAUCAUGCCGGACAGCUCCCGUGGCUUCGGGCUGGCAGUGCCUUGAACCAUAUUAAGGCCACGGUACAUAGCUCAUGAUUGUUUUCAGAGAAGUAAAUGAAUUAAAUGUAUAGAAAA